AGAAACUCUAGAUGGAGCGUAAAAAAGGGAGAAGAGGUAUACGCAAGCAAAAGAUGGUUGAUGACUGAUGGCUGAUGAUAAAAAUUGUUGCCCGAAGGAAGCGGAGAAGAGGGGGAUUCAGCCGAUUAGUGAAAUGUCUGUAAUGUUGAGAUUGAAGAAGGUUCAGCAAAUAGCUCCACAGCUCCAGCAGCGCUUCUCUCAGACUCAGGUCUCCCCAAUCUCUACGCACUUGAACCACCUCUGCCUCACAACCCAUCGCCGACGAGACUCCUUCAUCGGACUGCAGGAGCGCUACAAAUGGGACCACGGCGGCUCCGCUGAUGUUCGUAUCCGCAAAAUCAGAGCCGAGGCCAAUUGCCCCCGAUGUUCUUUCAACCGCAUGGACCUCCUCUUCUCCGAUCGCCGCUUACCCAACUUAUCUCCUUCUCCUCCUCCACCAGAUGAUUCCACCACCAAGGCCAAGGCCGCCUCCACCUCUGCAACAUCUGCCUCUGGAAACUCUGACUCUGAGAUUCGUCAGUAUCAGGCCCUCAAUCUCUGCCCCAAUUGCAAAACAGCCUACUACUUCCGACCCCACCAGAUUGCUCCCCUCCAGGGCACCUUCGUAGAGAUUGGGAGGCUCACCAACACCACCUCCUCCACCUCCUCCUCUUCCAAUCGCAGCGCCACCAAAACCAACAACUCUGACAACAACAAGAAGUCACAUUCUUCCCGAAAUGGCAACAAUAACGAAGGAGCAGAUUCCGAGCCCAAUACUAAUAACAACGGGCUGAGGGUGUCUUUCUGGGAUAGUUUGAGGUCAUAUGCCAAUGGGGCUGACCCACCUGAGAACUGGCCUCCGCCUCCGCCCCCAGGCAAUGGACUGGCCGUGCAUACUCCCCCGGGUCCUCCUUUCGCCCCUGGAGUUAAUGUCGUUCGGGCUUCUGCGCCCCCUGGGACUGGGGAUGCUAGAGACAAGAAUGCUUGGGGCGGUUCCAAUUUGGGAAACAAUUUGCCCACCCCUAAGGAUAUCUGCAAGGGCCUUGACAAGUUCGUUAUAGGCCAACAAAGAGCCAAAAAGGUGCUCUCUGUGGCCGUUUAUAACCACUACAAGAGGAUAUAUCACGCCUCCUUGAAGAAAGGGUCAGGAGCAGAAUCAGGAAUUCCAAACAAAGUAGAUGAUGACGAUAAAGUGGAGCUAGAAAAGAGCAAUGUGCUCUUGAUGGGCCCAACUGGCUCCGGGAAGACCUUGCUUGCAAAAACACUAGCUCGCUUUGUGAAUGUUCCAUUUGUCAUUACAGAUGCAACAACUUUAACACAGGCUGGUUAUGUUGGAGAAGAUGUUGAAUCAAUAUUGUAUAAACUACUAAUGUGGAUAGGUCACAUCAAACUUGCAGCUGAGUUUAAUGUACAAGCAGCUCAACAAGGGAUAGUUUACAUUGACGAAGUUGACAAGAUAACCAAAAAGGCUGAGAGUUUAAACAUUAGCAGAGAUGUUUCAGGAGAGGGUGUUCAGCAGGCUUUAUUGAAAAUGCUCGAAGGAACUAUAGUGAAUGUUCCUGAGAAGGGUGCAAGGAAGCAUCCCCGGGGUGAUAACAUACAGAUAGAUACGAAAGAUAUCCUUUUUAUUUGUGGCGGAGCAUUUAUUGAUCUUGAAAAAACCAUUUCAGAGAGACGACAGGAUUCUUCUAUUGGUUUCGGUGCUCCUGUCCGUGCAAACAUGAGAGCUGGUGGUGUGACCAAUUCAGUGGUGACAUCAUCUUUACUUGAAUCGGUUGAAAGUUCUGAUCUCAUUUCUUAUGGACUCAUACCAGAGUUUAUUGGACGUUUUCCAAUACUAGUUAGUUUAUCAGCUUUAACUGAGGACCAACUUGUUCAGGUCCUGAUGGAACCAAAAAAUGCUCUUGGCAAGCAGUACAAGAAAUUAUUUGGCAUGAAUAAUGUGAAGCUACAUUUCAUGGAGAAUGCACUAAGACUAAUUGCAAACAAAGCGAUGGCUAAGAAUACUGGCGCCAGGGGUUUAAGAGCACUUUUGGAAAGCAUUCUAACUGAAGCCAUGUACGAGAUUCCUGAUGUUAAGACAGGAAAGGAUAGAAUAGAUGCUGUAGUGGUUGAUGAGGAGUCGGUUGGUACGGUAAAUGCGCCUGGAUGUGGAGGGAAGAUUGUUCGAGGGGAUGGUGCAUUGGAAAGAUACUUGCAUGAAAUCAGCUUGAAGGACUCAAUGGAAAAUGUAGAGGCGGCCGAAGGGGAGGCGGAGGGUGAAUCAGAACAGUCAUCCAGGGCUAUGAGCAUGUAACACUUAUACCACCAUAGGCAUUGUUAUAAAAAUCUGUAAAAUUUAUGUAUUAUUAUUCGUAACAAUAGCAUUCAUAAACUGGUGUAAUUGCCCCUUCAUAGAAAUUAGAUCAAAGCUUCGGUUGGAAUCAAACUAAAAAGAAGAAUUUGAUUAGUGGAUUUUAGUUUAUACAGGCUAUCACAUUCUUUACCACAUGUAAUUUUGUAGUGCGUUGACAAAAAUAAAAAAUAGUCAUCUUA